GAAAGUGCCAUUUUACCAAACCCUCCCUUUCUAUCUAUAUCUGUAAUUUUCAUUUUAAUUCUUGACUGAGCCUUCGGAGAUACAAACUUACGGGACUGUCGGAGUCCUUUCCUUCUUUGUGUUUGAGGGAAUCCGGAAGAGAUGGUUCGGUGUCGGCUUCUCUUGCUUGGCAUUCUUGUUGCUUUAGUUGCAUUCUGCUUUGCUCAGCCUGCCUUUGGGCAGAUUACCCAAAGAGAAGAAGUAAUUGCCCUGAGAGCUGUCCGUCGUCAACUCAAAGAUCCUAGGAACAGACUGAGGAACUGGAGAAAAGGUGACCCCUGCACAUCCAACUGGACGGGAGUGGUCUGUUAUUUCAAUCCGAACGAUGGUUAUCUGCAUGUUCAAGAAUUGCGAUUGAUAAGGAGGAACCUAUCGGGAAAUUUAGCUCCCGAGCUUGGAAGAUUGGCACAUAUGACUAUCUUGGACUUCAUGUUUAACAAUAUAAGUGGAAGCAUACCCAAGGAGAUAGGCAACAUGACUUCGCUGAAUCUUUUACUUCUUAGCGGAAACCAGAUAUCAGGUCCUCUACCAGAUGAGCUCGGUUAUCUCCCGAAUAUAACUAGGUUUCAACUGGAUUUGAACAACAUAUCUGGUCCACUGCCGAAAUCAUUUGCGAAUUUGCCCAAAGCCCUGCACUUUCACAUGAAUAACAAUUCCAUCAGUGGCCAGAUUCCUCCCGAGCUCCAUAAAUUACCUCAACUCGUACAUUUCCUGUUGGACAAUAACAACUUAUCGGGGUAUCUUCCGCCAGAACUUUCUAGGAUGCCGAAACUAAGGAUCCUGCAAGUUGAUAACAACAACUUUGAGGGGACCGAGAUUCCACAGUCCUAUACCAACAUGAGCAAUCUCUUGAAGCUGAGCCUUAGAAACUGCAAGUUGCAGGGUACUGUUCCUGACUUCGGCACCAUACCGAAACUUCUUUAUUUAGAUCUUAGCCAUAAUAAACUAAAUGGAACAAUACCAACAAAUAGGCUUUACACCGGUAUCACAACGAUCGACCUGUCCAAUAACCAGCUGGGUGGAACUAUACCGUCAAACUUUUCUGGUCUUCCCCGCCUUCAGAACCUGUCUCUGGAGAAUAACUUCUUGAGUGGUGAUGUCCCAACGGAUAUAUGGCAGAAUAGGACUUUUGCUUCUGUUGCAAGACUCGUAUUGAAUUUCCGGAGCAAUGCUCUUACAGAUCUUGCCGGGAGUCUUAAUCCUCCAUCCAAUGUUACCAUAAUGCUUGAAGGUAAUCCCAUUUGUCGAAGAGCGAACGAACUAAACAUCGCCAACUCCUGUGGGAAUCAAACUGACACAGGCGAGUCCCCGCCAAGAAGUAGCAAUAACACUUGUCCCAGUGCGUAUCUCUGCCCUGUCUCCGGAGGCUAUGAACUUGUCCCUGAUACUCCAGUCGGUUGCAACUGUUCUGCACCAGUUAGGGUUGGAUUCCUUCUCAGGAGUCCAAGUAUAUCGGAUUUCCCUCCGUAUUUCGAUAUGUUCAGACACUACAUAACCUCAAAUCUUCAUUUAGAUCUCUAUCAGCUGCAGAUCAGUACCCCAUUCAUCUGGGAGGAAGGUCCCAGACUUCGGUUGUUCCUGAAAUUCCACCCCCACUACACUGAGGAUCAUUUCAAUGAAACCGCUCUCCAAGAUCUUGUAAACAAGAUCGCGACGUAUUCAAUUCCCGGGAAUGACACCUUUGGUCCAUACGAUCUGCUCAAUUUUACAUUCAGAGGACCUUAUGAAUAUUAUGAUAUGAUCCCAACAAGUUCGAGCAUGAAUAAGGGCGUCCUUGCUGCAAUAGUGCUAGGAUCCAUCGCCUGCGGGGGCAUCAUUAUCAUGGCUAUGGCAUUUGUCUUCUAUACCAUCCGUCGCAAGAAACAACAAGACCAAGACCGGGAGAAACAGACAGUUCCAAAGAUUCCGAUGAAAAUUGAUGGCAUAAAAGGAUUCAGUUUCAAGGAACUCGAAGAGGCAGCAAGUAAUUUUGAGAUCACGAGCCAGAUUGGCCAAGGGGGGUAUGGAAAGGUCUAUAAAGGAACCUUAGCCGAUGGAUCAGUCGUGGCAAUUAAACGAGCACAGCGAGGUUCCCUGCAGGGCCAGAAAGAGUUCUUUACUGAAAUAGAACUACUGUCACGGCUCCAUCAUAGGAACCUUGUUUCACUAAUUGGGUACUGUGAUGAACAAAGUGAGCAGAUGUUGGUGUAUGAAUUCAUGGCAAAUGGCUCUCUCCACGACCUACUAUCUGGUAAUGAUGAUGCAGCUAGACAUGGAAGUCCUCUGAAUUUUGUGGCGAGACUGCGCACGGCAUUGGGGGCGGCGAAGGGUAUCCUGUACCUCCACACAGAGGCCGACCCACCCAUCAUACACCGCGAUAUCAAAGCAAACAACAUAUUGCUGGACAGCAAGUUUAAUGCAAAGGUCUCAGAUUUUGGAAUCUCGAGACUCUUCCCUGAAGCUGAUGCCGAUGCAUCCGUGAGCGCUCAUGUAUUCACAUACGUGAAAGGAACACCAGGUUAUGUUGAUCCCGAAUAUUUUCAGACCCACAAAUUGACAGAGAAGAGUGAUGUUUACAGCCUCGGAAUCGUAUUCCUGGAGCUCUUGACAGGGAUGCGCCCCAUUUAUCAUGGCAAGCACAUUGUCCAGGAGGUACUGGUGGCUUGUCGGGCAGGUCUGAUGUUCUCAACAAUAGACCGGCGCAUGGGCCCUUACCCUGCCGACCGUGUCAAGAAGUUCAUGGCAAUGGCUCUCAAGUGCUGCGAGGAGGAAGGGAAGGACAGACCCACGAUGCUUGAGGUGGUCCGGGAACUCGAAAACAUUACUGUGACGUUGCCACAGUCGGACACAGUAACACCUGAAUCGGACACUUCAAGUUCUGCGACAUCGGGCUCUAUCCUGUCAUCUAUUUACGGAAGGGACUCUUACACAUCCUCUAAUUUCCAAGGGAGUGAUCUUGUGAGCGGGGUCAUCCCCACCAUCCGGCCUCGUUGAACAUGCCGGUAAGUGUGCUUUUCUACAUUUGCUGCAUCAACGUGUAAACCUCGUAACAUCUGGAGUUUGCCUUAUCCAAGGAUGCCGCAAGAUAUUGGAACGGUUGGUGUUGAAUUUCCCAAUAGAUGUAUAUGAUGUAAUAUAUACAGUGGCAUUUACUUGAUGCGUGAACACAUACAUAUAACACGAUAUAUUUAUAUAUAGAAAAAGCCAAUUCUGUCAGUUUCGACUCGGUUUAAGAAGGUGACUGUAUCAAAAUGUUAUUGUCUAA